GGAUCCAAACCCAUUUUCCUGGUAAGAAAAUCUAGGCUAUCCCCUCCCUACACGAUUUUGAUGUCAAAGACAAGAUGAACAUAAAUAUGGCAACUUAAAACUGAAAACUGAGAAGAACCGAGAGAGAAAGAACAGACAAACAGAAGGUCAAGAGAGAAACCAUGAGCGGGCUUGCUUCAGCUUCAACCCCGACUUCUACUUUCCCCUCUAUUAAGAUUCAAAGGAAGCUUUAUAUCAAUCCAUGUAACUCAGUUUUGAUUCCAGGCCCUCGGCUAUGUUCCUCAGAUCUCAAUCUUACAAGUUUUAGCUUUGGUGGGGCCAGAGUGCCUCAAAGAAGCAGUAUUAUCUGCAGAAGUAGCACUGGACCUGGUGCUCCUGGUUCAGGUGAUAAUGAAAGCAGGAAUGUGUUGGAUGCAUUUUUCUUGGGAAAGGCUCUAGCUGAAGCACUUAAUGAGCGACUUGAAUCCACAAUUGGGGAGUUUUUGGGUGCAGUUGGUAGAUUGCAGGCCGAGCAACAAAAACAAGUACAGGACUUUCAGGAAGAGGUGUUGGAAAGGGCCAAAAGAGCCAAAGAGAAAGCAGCACGCGAGGCAAUGGAGGCACAGGGGCUUAUUCCAAAGUCUACUGCUGUAAACGCAACAUCAGUUACCAAUGGUGCUGCAUCUAAAGCUUCACCCCCAACGGCCAAGGAUAGAAUUUCUGGAAAGUCGUCCUCCUAUAAUCCGGCCACCCCGGGUGCUAGUACGGAUCCUGAUACUACUAGAGCAGAAUGAUACAAAGUAUAUUUGUGUGUAUCUCGAAGUUUCCAUAUGACACAACAGAUUUAUAAUACCAAAUGAACCUCCAGGAUGAUUUUUAAUCUGUUGACGUAUUUGAUUGGUCGACACCAACUAUAUAAUCCCUUUUAAACCUGUUCCUAUUGAA